AUGCAGCCGGUGCCGGGCUCGGUGCGACUGAAGGUGGAGCAGCGGGUGUUCACGGUGGGCCGGCGGGAGCUGAGCGAGGGCAGCGACUAUUUCAGGGCUCUGUUCGCUUCGGGCAUGCGGGAGAGCGGCCAGGAGGAGAUGGUGCUGCCGCUGCUGGCGGCCCGGGGCUUCGCCCUGACCGUGCGGGUACUGGCGGGCGAGAGGCCGGCUCUGAGCGGCGAGGAGGAGAUCGGAGACGCUGCCGAGUGCGCGGCUUUCCUGCAGGCGAAGCCCCUGAGCCAGCACAUGGUCCACUGCAUCAGCCCCGGCAACUGCGCGCUGAUGCUGCAGGCCGCCGCCGUGUAUGGGCUCCCCGAGCUGCUCCACGCCUCGGCACUCUACAUCAGGGACCUGCAUCCCGAUGUACGGCAGGAGCUGAGCUACCUGGCCCAGGAUCAACUGGACUACAUCGAAUCCCUGUCCCCCAGCGCACUGGUGGCCAUGACCACCCACUCCCCCUCUCCCCAACAUCUCCAGGAUCACUCCAGGACCAUCUGUUACCUGGACGAGGCGGACAAUGUGUGGAGAGAUCUCACCUGGUUGCCCGAUCCGGCCAGCACAUCCCUCGCCGGCAUCACAGUCAUGGACAACAACAUCUACAUCGUGGGAGGAGUGGACGGCGUGAGCAAGCGGGUGGUGCCCACUAACUUCUGCUACAACACGGACAGGGACAGCUGGAGCGAGUUUCCUUGUGGGCAACACCUUCGCCACAACGUGGCUCUGAGCGGCCAAGACGGCAGCCUCAUCGCCAUCGGUGGCGUGUGCAAGGGUAAGGUGGUGGCCACCGUGGAGAGGUUUCACGUCGCCUCCAACUCUUGGUCCUCGGUUGCCCCGUUGCCCAGACCCGGGGAAGGGGUGGCGUGCACUCGAGCGAUGGGCCGAACGUUCGUGUGUCUCUGGUUCCCCAUGGAGACCACGGACAUUUACGAGUACGGGACCCAGGGGGACGAGUGGUCUCUAGUGACCACGCUCAGGCGCCAGCAGAGCUACGGCCACUGCAUGGUGUCCCACGUAGACAACCUGUACGUGAUGAGAAACGGGCCGGCUGACGACUUUCUGAGAUGCUUCAUAGAUUGUUACAGCCUGACCCGGGACCAGUGGAGCAGCCUCUCCGGGUAUUAUGUCAACAGUAAAGGGGCACUUUUCACAGCCACAGUCAGAGGCGACCGGGUGUUUACCGUCAACAGAAUGUUGACCCUGGUCUAUCAUAUCCAGGGGGACCGCUGGAAGCCGGUGAAGGAAGCGGCUGGCUUCCCUCGGAGUGGCUCCACGCACAGCUUCUUACUCCGGCUCCCGAAGAGGCGACUUGCUACCCGCCACACGACUAUGAAUGAAUGACAAUAGACAAUAGG